AUUGUGGUUGGGCUGUGUGUUCAUGGCUGUUGUGACAGGUCAUUGGUCCUAGUUACUGCUUCAUGUCUGCUUUGCUGUUGUUCCUGCCUGGUCCUGUUCCACUGAGUUUAAGUUGGACUGUUUUGAAUCAUCUUUCUACAACUGAUCAGUGUCUCUAGUGCUGCAUGUGGGUCCUGCCUGCUUCCCAGCAUUACAAUAUGAAAUAAAAGGAUCACAAUGGAUGACAUUCAAACAACCAUUCACACUCGGAUUCACACCAGUGGUCAAUUCCGAGUGAACGAUUAAACUGGUCCUGCAUGUUUCUGGUCAGAAACUAUAAUAGUCUGUGAAAGACAGCAGGUAUUGAACCAGUGAUCCUCUGGCUGUGACUGUAGAGUGUGACCCUUUCACCAUGUGGCCUGUGAAUCUAAUGAAAUGGCUCAUGUUGUGUACUGUAGUUAAAGACCGCAGUGGUCUCCUGUGUUCCACCUCGGACCUUUCCAAACUCCCACUUCCAUUUAUCGUUUGUUCAGUAAUGGAGAACGGAGUCAGGAGAGGGUCAGCGAUGACUCGUGCAGAUAAAGUUUUUACGACAGCUAACGGCAAAGGUGAAGGUUUCACUGCAGUAGGUUAAUGACGGGGCCUCGUGGAACGGAACGUGAGUCUCACAUUUGUCCUGCUUAGCACCCAUAAAAAAUGAAGAAGGUGACCGAAACUAUUAGCUGGGAACGGACGCCAGAAGACACACCACUAUGAGCGGCUUCUGUACAUGUGUAACUGCAGACACGUUCUCACGGUCACACAGGCCUGAGGUGACGUAGUGGUGAGGGAGGAGGAACAGCAGGGGAGGGACUGGGUGAGGACGUGUCCAAACAUGGUAUGAGAGCUCUGAGGCAGGUAUGUGGAUCCUACUUUCAUUUAAGACAGACCUGCAGACGGUCGGACACAUUCAAUAACUGCUACAGCUGAACUGGAGAGGAACACCUGACGCCUGGUGUAGCCAAUUCACCAUGGACCUGCAGCCGAACGAUCAAAGAUUAAAUCCCAGCCAGGUAAUUUUUGUGCCACACAAGGACACCGUCCGUCUCCUGGAGGUUUACGUCAAGCGCAGCCUCAGUGUAAACGAUGGCAGCGUAGAAGAAAGGAGGUACAGGAAAAAAGAAAAGUGGGUGACAAAAAAACAACGGAGACAUUCCAGUGACCCCUCCCUUCCCCUGUUGGAGGGAUUAAAGGACAUUGACAAGGGUUUGUUUUCUGCUGUUGAACCUUCCACAAAUGAACUUGAAACGUUUCCUGAAGAACCUAAGAAAGAGACCAGGAAGAGUAAGAAGAACAAGAAGCCCUCGUUUUGGAAAAGCAUAGUAGGUUUCUUCUCUUGGAAGAGCGCCGAGGAAGGGGAUGAGAAGCAGGAUGGUCCUUCAGAAACGUCCAAGGAUUUACCUACAGAGGUGACCUCUGAAGAUGUGAUCACCUGCAUGCCCUCACCUCCAGCCAGCGCACAGAAGAAGGUCAAGAGGAGAAGGUCUUUAAAGAGAAGGUUCUCCAAAAAGCGACUGUCUUUGAUAAAACCAAACAAACCUGACAAAGAUGGCCACCAUGUUGACAUCGGUGGAUUUGAAGCUGUUGUGAGUGUGGAACCAACAUACUCCUACUAUGAGAAGGUGUCGGAGGAAAUGGAAAAGAUUGUCCACGAGGUCCAAGAGAAAGAGGAAAGUCAGCACCUUUCAGAUGAGGAUGUCAUCAACAAACUCAUCACUUUGCUACGGGAGGAAGGAGAUGCUAUAGAUGAAAAGCUGAAACAAAAUUUUACCUUGGGAAACAUCUUCCAGGGCCUGACGUAUUCGUCCUUCCAGAAACUGGCUGAUGCCUAUCUGCAGGAAGAAGUGUCUCCGUCCAACACUCCUCUCACUGUGCUACCAACCGCACCAGAACUGGUCAAACUGGCCUUCACAUUGGACUUCACUGCCAGGAUCGCUGCUCUGUCCAGACACAACAUAAGUCACAUCACAAGUUUGGGCAACCGCUACCUGCUGGACCGCUUUGAAUAUAAACAGGCCUGCACAGAUAAUCCACUGUCCGACUGAGAUGAUGCAGGACCAUAACCACUCCUCAGCUUCUUCCACAAUUGUGAGCUUGCGUGCAUUUUGCCCACACUAACAUUGUUCCUCAGAAAUGCUGUCUAACCCCCCCCCCCCAUGUUAAUUAUAAGUCCUCACAUGUAAACAGCCUUUUUCAUUCAAAAACUUCUGAAUCAACCCAAGAUGCCAACAUAUGUGAUGUUUGUGUUACUUGAUGAACAUGUUUAUAAGCUACAUUAUCUUGUGCCGUAUGAUUCUGUAAAUAUCUUUGAUUAUCAGAAUAUAUUAUCAGAAACUAAUACUGUGAUGUGUGCGGUUUCUGUUCAUAUGGAUGCUGGCGUUCAUAUGAAAUAACCAAUAAUGUGCAGUGAAACUAUGCAUGUGGAAAAAUAAAGUUUUCUAGAGAAUGUGCAAGAGAAUGAAGUGAGCUGUGUUCAGUAGCUGCAGGCAAACACCUGGUUCAGGCCUUUAGAGAAUAGGGUGGUCUCCUUGGAAUGGUAGUGUGGUUGGUGAGGUGUUCUGUAAAAUGUGUCUUACACAAUUAGUUUGGAACUUGAGUUUGGGACUUUUGUUGUAUUUGAUGUUUUCUUUUUUCCUAUUUUCAAUCUAGGCUCUAGUAGAAGUAUACCACUAGAAAAUUAAAGUCACUUCACUCAAGUACAACACACUGUUUUUAUGUCGACUUGUGAGAAGCUGGUCAUCUUAGAUGAAUUUUCUGCUCCUCCCUCUUUAUUUAUUCCAUAUACAGCAUAACAAAAAUAUUUAUACCAUACCAGCCUUUUAUACUGAUAACAACAUGCCCAUGUUAGACUAUCAGCACAGAGAUAAAAUGUUAAAAGGGUGUGCUUUAGGUUUGCCCUAAAAUGGUAACAUGACGCCUUGUGUUUGUCACCUGUGGAACUGGUUUCCCAGUGAGCUGGAGAUCUGCCUAACAAAACAGUGACUGGGUCCACCUUUAACAUGGUGACACAGAUAAUGGGCCCAUGUGGGACAUAGGUGCAGUGCAGUGCUAUGCAACGCAUGCACACAUACAGGUAUAUUGUACACCAGAGGAGGGAGAUGGAGGCAGCAGCACUUAAACCCCUAACCUGGGCUGUUUUUGACUUGAAAUGUGAUAUUCUAUGUUUGUGCUGUUUUCCACUGGUAAAGUUGACAUGUCAGCUGAGACGUGCAGGGAAGCAGGUAGUGGAAAGAAAAACAUUUGGUUUGAAUUACUUCAGCUUUGUCAAGUGCAGUGACUAAAUGUGUCAUUGCUCAAAUCAAAAGAGAAAUGUAAUGGACUUGAUUGUUUUUGAUUAAUGGAUCUCAAUAAAGUGUACAGUCAUACUUCAAGCACUGGUGUUGCCACAUAGUGUAGCAGGGAAAACAGAUUAGUCAUAGUUCUGGUCACACAUGUUGAGCAAGGCAGCUUUUCCUCAAAAGAUCAAUUGUUGGGACUCAACCCACACGGGUGACAACAUUAUUGGCAGUCUUACAGUUUGUUUUUUUUUCUUUUGCUUUAACAGAUUGUGUUAAAGCAAGGUAACAUGUUUGAUUAAGUUAAAGAAUAAUGCAAUUUUACUUAAGAAAAAGAGAUUUGGAAAAGUAAUGAUAACUAGGAGCAGCAGCGGGAAUAAGAUAACACAAAAAUGAAUAGGAUCAGUGUUUUUUUUGUCAUGACCAAAACCAUUUACUUCAGUACUUUGUCAUGGGUAUACUGUACCCUAGUCUGCACUGUAUAUAUACACAUACAGGUGCACACACAAAUAUAGAAAUAUGUAUAUAAGCAAUAUUGUAUUGGUGGAAUGUUUUCAGUUCUACAACUGACACCAGUUGAUAUGACUUCCUCAUUUGAACUUCUGUACUCCACACACACCACACACAGGCUGGGUGGACACUCAGGGUCAGGGUUAUUUUUAGAACACCACAAAACAGCUUAAACCAUCCGAGCACUUCCAUGUUUGAGCUGCCUAUUGCACCAGUGAUAUAAAAAGGCUUACCAAUUAUAUCAAGUUAUAUUAAGUGGAAAAAAAUGACAAUAGACUGAUAUGUGUAAACCUUUUACAUUUUUAUUGCUUUUUCAACCCAGAGAAGGCAGAUUAGUCAAAGAGACCAAAGCCCAUGUCUUCGUCUGACUCUUCGGAC